AUGGCCGCCAAUGAAUACUACCACUCGAAUAUCCCCAGUCCGCCGAGCUAUGAUCAGGCAAAUCCAGGAAGACUAGAUCAUGCAACCCCCGCGCCUUCGGAACAUGGGUUCGCCGCCCCCAGCCUCUCCAACCGCGACGACCUUUCCGCCCCCUAUCACAACCGCGAAAGUCAACAAUCAUUUGCAUCAGAGCAUGGGGCUUACACGGGAGCCGGUCAAGGAGGAAACGAUCAUUACGCAGAGAAUAUCCCGCUGAAGGCGCAAACCCAGCUCGGAAACAAUCCAGAGUGGAUGCAACAGACGCAAUACCCACCCUCACCAGGGGGGUUAGAAGAUUCACGACAGCGGGGGCAGAAUGGACGCAAGAAAUCGUUUUUUAAGCGCAAGCAUCCUUAUGUGACUUGGUUAUUGACGUUAAUUCAAGUCAUUGUCUUCAUUGUGGAGCUAGUAAAGUCUGCUCAGCUUACUGGCUCGCCCAUUGAAACUAAACCUAGCUUUAACCCGAUGAUCGGUCCUUCUGCGUAUGUUCAAAUCUACAUUGGCGCGCGCUACGAUCCUUGUAUGAAGAAUAUCCCAAACAUCCAAGACGCAAACACAACCAUCGCCUUUCCUUGUCCAAAUGCCACAAGUACCGUGUCCGAGUGUACCCUUUCUCAGGCCUGUGGCUUCGGUGGUGUACCCAAUCCUCACCCAGGUGGUACUCUGGACGAGACCCCCGCGCCGAACCAGUGGUUCCGGUUCAUCAUUCCGAUAUUCAUUCACGCGGGAUUCAUUCACAUCGGAUGUAAUCUACUAGUUCAAUUGACCAUGGGAUCGGAAAUGGAAUUGAUGGUCGGUAUUUGGCGAUAUACACUCACCUAUUUUGCUAGUGGUAUAUUCGGGUUCGUGUUGGGUGGAAAUUACGCCGCGCAAGGACAGCCUAGUGACGGCUGCUCGGGUGCUCUCUUCGGAAUACUCGCUCUUUAUUUACUCGAUCUAUUAUAUGACUGGCAGAACCGCCCGUCUCCUUGGGUGGAACUGAUCAUCAUGGUCCUGGGAGUGGCCAUAUCGUUCGUACUUGGUCUUCUCCCGGGACUUGAUAACUUCUCUCAUAUCGGAGGCUUCACUAUGGGUCUCGCGCUUGGCUUGACAAUCAUGCGAUCCCCUAAUGCUCUCCGUGAACGCAUUGGUCUAGCGCGUCAGCCCUACGUCGCUAUGAGCGGCGGUGCUGGCCCGUCUGUCCCAGUUCACCGGAAGACCACUUCCUUCGUGGAGUUCUUCAAGGGCAAGAAAAGCAAUACAGGGAACGGCGACAUGGGUGAGCCCAGUGAGCCUAGAGGUCCCUUGGCAUUCUUUAAGGGCCGAAAGCCGCUGUGGUGGGCCUGGUGGAUUGUUCGUGCCGGUGCUUUGGUUGCCGUCCUCGUCGGAUUUAUUUUACUCAUUAUUGAUUUCUACAAAUACCCUUCUUCAAACUGCUCUUGGUGUUACCGAUUGAGCUGCUUGCCUGUCAAUGGUUGGUGCGAAGAAGGUAAUAUAGAGAUUACCAACCAAACAUCUAGCGGCUCUUAA